UCCAGCACUGUAUGGUACAAUAUCCGUUUGCCCGUGUUCUUCCGAUGAUAUGACCUCAGUCUGCCAAUGUCCAGCGCGACGUGCUCUCAUAGGCUCACAGGCGCACCCUCCUCGCCUCAUCCCUCGUCAUCCGUAGAAUUCGCGACCGUUAUGAAACAACGCGCACCGGAGCGGCAGAGGACCCCCAUGCAAUGACCAGUGUCCGCCUAUCGCCCUGCAGGAUAGGGUGACUGACAGAACUUCCCCAAAAGCACCUGCUCUCGCGAAUCACAGCGCAGGCGACCGGGCAGCCGAGCAGCGUGGAGAAAUAAACAAGACCCAGAGUCCCACGGAUGAGUUUGUGAACAAGCAUCUACAAUGACAUCCACGCGAGGGAAACGUGGACUUCUCGAUACGAGAGAGUUGGAGCGUAUUUUGGAUACGUGUACGCUGGACUUAACACCAGUCGAUGAGGUCUGGCCGAACUUGUUCAUUGGAAACGUUGCCAUUGCACAGAACCGGACCGCGCUGAAGAAGCUGGGCGUCACGCAUGUCCUGAACGCCGCACACACCAAGCAAGGCAGCAUCGGGGACCAGGACUUUUACGGGGAAGCAUUCGUUUAUCAUGGUAUCGCAGCCGAUGAUUCCUCAAAGUUCGACUUGAGUGUUUACUUUCGUACCGCGGCGGAUUUUAUCCACAAAGCUCUGAAGAAGAAAGAUGGUAAAGUGUUUGUGCACUGCAUCAUGGGAGUGAGCCGCUCGUCCACGCUGGUGCUGGCGUACCUCAUGCUGAAGCGGCGGAUGAGGCUGCGCGCUGGCGUGGAGACGCUGGUCCAGAGGCGGGCCGUCUACCCAAACAGGAACUUCCUGUCCCAGCUGCUGGAGCUGGACGCACAGCUGCAGAGGAAGCGGCGACUCUGCCCCAUACUCUGAGUGAUCACACACACACGCACACACACACACACACACACACGCGCGCACGCGCACACACACACACACACACACACACACUCACACACACACACACACACACACGCACACACACGCACACACACACACACAUACACACACACACACACACACAUGCACACGCACACUCUCUCUCUCUCUCGUACACUCCUAAAAUACACACACACACACACACACACUCUCUCUCUCUCUCCCUCUCUCUAUCUCUCUCACACACACAAACACACACACACACACACACACAUUUGCAUAGAAAUGCACCCGCACAUACAUAACCUGAUGCAGACACAGUUGCAUACUCAUACAGUAUUUACAUACAUUAAAUACUGUAUGGGUGGACUUGCAUACACUCACAAAUACAAACAUGCAAACACUAAGCACACAUGUCGACUACUUAUUGAUGCAUCAACCCACAUUAGUGUGCACUGCACACACAGAACCACACAGAGGAUACACAGAUGCAGCUGUGGAGAUAACAUCAACAGUGUCCCAUUCUCUGACUGGUAUAGAACACACACACACACACACACACACACACACACACACACACACAUAGACAUACAGUACACACACACACAUAGACAUACACACACAAGUCUCCUUUCGUGUACAAUGCUGCUCUUUUACUACUGUAAUUUAGAUUUUGCUGUCAGACUUGUGUUGACAAGUUUCCUAGUGUGUGUGUGUGUGUGUGUUUGUACUAUAUGGGUGUGUUAUAUACAUAGCACGCACAAUUUGGUGUGUUUCUUUAUUUUUUACACAAUUUAUGCACUUACCCAGACAAAAGCAUGGCAGUUAUGCCCAGUGUCUUACUCUAGACAUUUAUAACAUCUUUACAAACCUCACAGUUCUGAUAAGUCAUAGGUUUAACCAUAUUUGUUUAUUUAAGCAGACUUUUAACAGACAAGUUAAGUCUAGACAGACCAUUUCAGAUAUUCAUGUAUGUGCACCUCUUUAUGGAUUGAGUAUAAAGUGGUACUGAAGCAAGUUCAUAUUAUGUGUUGAGUAUGAAUGAAGGAAAUUCCCACAUUAUCAUCCUGUAGUCUAAACAAUUACUUAUUCAGCAGCAGGAUGGUUUGGUAACCCGUUUUGUGCUAAGACAUUAAAUACCGUAAUUUCCAGACUAUUAGCCGCGGCUUAUACAUUGAUUUUGCAAAAUUUCUUCAGCUAUGAGGUUAAUACAGGGGGCAGUUAAUAUGGUGUUAAUAUGGUUUUGUUUCUUUUAACUUGCAUAAAACACUGUCCUGCGGCUUAUAUGCGGGAAAUUACUGUAAAUUAGUUAUGUCAAUGCCUAGCAGUAUGAUACAGAAAGAGCCAUAUACAUGCAAUGCACAUUUAAAAAAACAUUUGUUAAAGGUUUGAAAGACACAAAGCCACUGACCGUUUCACUGGUGUAUUUGUAAAAUAUUUUGUAUGUUUUUCUUAUGACUGUAUAGAGCUAUAUGUGCCAUGUACAUCCCUUUCAGUAAUGUUUGGUAAGUUAAACUAAGGUCAAGAAGCAAUCAAUUUCUAAAAGCCAUAAGCUAUAUAGCCUACUUUUGUAGACAUGCUAUUUAUUUAAGACCUCAACUGGUUAAAGUGCCACGGAUUGACUUUACAGUUUUGGUUAGUGCUUGUUUUGUCAAAGAUUAAACAUUCUGUUUUGCUAUGUAGUAUAUGACUAAACCAGCUCUGUGAAAUGAGUUUAAAAAAAAAAAAAAACUGAUUUUAAUAUAAAGUGAA